GUUUGAUUUUUCUUCAGUUUGACCUACCAGUCUGCACUGUAAAUAUGGCACACUAAUCCACUACAGUGAGAAAAAGGGGAAAAAAAAGAGAGCAGGCUAUCGAUCUGUCUGAAAGCCUGUUUUUCUGCCUCCGCCGCUCAGCCAUCCCUCACAUAUACAAAAGGGGAAAAUCCAAAAUGUUGCCACAUAAUAUGUAAUAAAUGUAACAAUCACAGAGUCCCUUCUUUGAAAUCGCAAAUAUCACAGGAUCAAGCUUCAAGGGCUGCAUCCUGUCAGGUUGUCAUGGGAACCAUGUAUCCCUCCUCACUCUGCCAGUGUAGUCCCUUUAGGAGAAAGCUGCGCACCUCUGAUUCCUUGAUGUAAAGCUCAAAGCAAAACGAAUCGCUCCCAACCUGUUAGAUAAUAUCUGAGUGGGAAUCUGCAUCCGUGAAAUGCGAUGGAGCAGACAGCUGUGACAUCUGUUUAAACAAACUGCAGCCUCAGAUAUGUGUGGAGGCUGAGAUGGGAACAAACAUAUCCCAUUUAGAUUAAUGAGAGGCUGCACGCUUGGCCGCUGAAUGUUAUGAUCACGCUGUUUAAGGAGUGGCUCUGCUCAGCAGAUGAACAAUAUAAUUUCACCGAGGUGGUGUGUGCAGGUCUCUUAUUACUCUAGCCACUGCACAAUAUUAAAAUUCCCACACAUUUCAUUUUGUAAACGCAUGUGUUGCAAAUGCAGGCAGUUGGGGACACAUCCCAAAAUAGAUAUGGCCCUUAAAUUGAUUGUACCUGUUUAAACCAGCAAUUGCACUGUGCAGCACUUUUGUUGUGUUUCCUGAUUAUUUUGUUGUUCAUCAUGAUUUCUUAUUUAUUUUCACUUGAUUACAAUGUAAAAGUCCAGAGGCUAAUUUUUUUGGUUACAUGCGAGGUGUGUUAUGCAUGCAUGUAGCAUCUCUGCAUGUUUCAGUCCUUGGUUCACCUGCAGGAGGAGCUAUGUCUCUCUGCAGCCUAUCUGGAGCAGCAGAGCGAAAUCCCUCUUUUUCUCCUUCAGUGGCAUGAAUAAUAUCCCCAGAGCUGGAGAGAGAGCAUAUCAAGAGGCAAAUGGGAAGGGGAGAGAGAGAUAGAAGCCAGUGUGACAGAUAAGACUGUGGCACAACUUGUCUUCCUGACUGCACCGUGGGCUGGGGAAAGAGAGAACAAGUGCACCAUAGUGUCAGGCAAGGCUGCUGCCUGCACACAUAAACACACAAACACACACACACACACACACACAGAAAGAGACAGACCCCACAGCAUAGAAGCACCAGAAGGAGUUCAGAGAGAAGACUGACCUCAAAAAGGUACAGUAUGAUUAUGUGUGAUUAUGUGAGAAUUUCUCCUGCAGCAGUGUCCCCACCCUUACACAAUAUUAGCAAAUCAGCUGUGUUUCGCUCAGUUGAUGCUCAACUUUGCUUUUCAGGUGGGUUUGGAGAAGUUUUGUCUGGAUUCCCUCGAAUAUUAUGGCUGUCCUCAAACUGAUCGUGUAGAGGAGUUGAAGAACUUGUCUUGUGAUUGCAGCCUGAGGUAGCAUGGAGGAGCUGUCAGGGAAAGACAAGGGGCUGAUACGAGGCAGCUGGGAGAGCCUUGGCAAGAACAAAGUUCCUCAUGGUGUCAUCAUGUUUUCCAGGCUGUUUGAGCUGGACCCUGCGCUCCUCAGUCUUUUCCACUACGAUGCAAACUGCAGUUCCACACAAGACUGCCUCGCCAGCCCUGAGUUUCUGGAUCAUGUCACCAAGGUGAUGCUUGUGAUCGAUGCAGCCGUCAGCCACCUGGACGACCUUCACUCUUUGGAGGACUUUCUGGUCAACCUUGGGAGGAAGCAUAAGGCAGCGGGAGUCAGCACGCAGUCAUUUGCUGCAGUGGGUGAGUCCCUUCUCUACAUGCUGCAGUGCAGUCUGGGCCAGGCCUACACGGCGCCACUGCGUCAAGCCUGGCUCAACAUGUACAGCAUUGUAGUAGCAGCGAUGAGCCGAGGGUGGGCCGAGAAUGGCGAAGACAAGGCCGACUGAGGUGUACGUCGGGAGCUGCUGAGCAGUUGCUGUUAAAUCAUCAACUUGGCUGCCAUGGAAUAAGGUUGUGUAACUUGCAGCAUUGUGUUUUUAGCUGCUGUACAUUUGCUCUGUGAGUGGGAUCGCAUAUUGUUGCGAAUGUAUGAUAUAGUUACACAUUUUCAGUUGGACCAGCGAGUCGCAGAGUGUAUUUUCUUUGCUGUGGAUAUUUAGCUACCAGGCAGUGCAGUUUGUACAGUUUCAGAGUCUGAGUGGACUGUAAUCUGAAUGCCUCAUACUGAGAAGAAGCAUUCAGGAAAUUGUUGAGGGUUUCUUUUUUUUUUUUUUUGUAUAUAAUGGCUUUGAUAUAUCUACUCAAAUGGUAACAGUGACUGUAGUGGUCUUUGUGGUGUAUCUUAAAAGAGUUGCACACUUGUGAAACACUAGCUAUUAUGAUUAGACAUCACACACUGCUCAAACUGUGAUGGUUACUGUGGCCAGCAAGGGCAGCUCUUUAUCUAACUGGAACACAGUGAUACUUAACAAAACGUGUGGGACAAAUGCAAUGUGAUUUUACAGAAGAAACCAUAACUGUAUGUAUGUGUGUGUUUUUUUUAUUGAUAUAAUAUUACAUGUUUCGUGAGUGACUUUGUUAUUUAACAUUUAAGCUGCUCAAGAUAAGCAAAACAAAUUUAUAACAUUUUAUUCAACAGAUUCCUGACAAGAACUGUUUUACUCUCUCUGAUAGCUUUCUUUAGUUAUUCAUGACUGUUAAGGUGUCCAAGUGCGCCUUCCUCAACAUGGUGUGUGAUGCUCUCCUCAGUCGAGGGUGUGAGUAAUUCAGUAUGCUUCUGAUGACUGUUAAACUCUAACUAAUAGACUGUUAUAUAACUUCAGAGAUUGAAAGUAAAGGGCAUGUUGGAGCACUUGUAACGUCUUUGUUCCUUGGCUAUCGGUUUCCAGUUAAUCUUAAUGUAAAGUAAUUUUGGUGUAUUGUAGUUGCUUAUCUUAUUAAUGCUUAUUAAUUGCAUUGGUGUGGCUACAAAUGUAGUAUUACCUCAGCUUUAGGGGUAAAGGUGACCACUGGCCUGUGUUUCUCCAACACAGGUUCUACGUGGAAGUGAAGCUGAAUAUUUGUUUUGACUUAAGAAACAAAACAAACUUAAGUGAAGACAAUUUUCCAUUUAAAUUAUUGACACAAAACAAAUAAUACAGUGGAACUGUGCUGACACUGUCCAGUAUGUGUGUGUGCUGUAUUAAUGCUGUACACUGUACGUAUAAUCAUCAGUUAUUUACAUCCAUGGCCAUAAUGCCAAGUAACUUAGCAACAGCGUGCCAAGUAUAAGAGAAUAACACCAUACAACUGUAAAUCCAAGCUGCUGAUAUGUGGUUUUUCCUCGCUUUAGUUUAUAUUUACAAAGUUUAUUUUUAUAUUCUGAAUUGUACGUGUAGUGAAAGAGCAUAGAUUUUUUUUUCUUUUUAACUGUCAUAUACAACAUUACCUUCAGAUACAUUGUAUUGAGUAGAUUUAAUUACCCAAUACACGAAAACAAUGUGGCAAAUCUGCUACUUUUAAUUGGGCUUCAUUAGCAGAAUAGCAGGUAUAUAACAACUACAUUUAAAAAUAAUAAAUGUGCAGUUAUUACAGAAAAGUAUAACAGCAGGGUUUUUUUUUUUUAAUUGAUAUUGUGUGUUUAGUCUGUACUUUCCAGGUCCCAGGUGAAAUGUUUGUAACCUGGUUGUGUAGGUGUUGUGUUUAUUGUCUUUCUUUUCUUAGUCUCAGUAUGCAGCCCUAUGCAGGAUGUUCUCCAUGUUUUUAAUUGCCUGACAGUAAGUGUUUUUAGCUGGCACAGCUGGCGUCUUUCUAACAUCCAGAUGUGUAUAUGUUGGGUGUCUCACUGUCUACCUCAUCAUUAUCAGCUGCUACUGAACAGCGAUGACUUCACCUAGUUAUCCUUCAACCAAAAAUUAUUAUUACUGUUAAUAGAAGCACAGA